CGGCAACGGCGCAGGAGGCGGUGGUUACUGGCGGCGGCCGGGGCCGGCCGACAUCUCGGGGUCCGAGGUGAUCCCUGUGUGUUUGAGCCAGAAUUAUGGGACUGUUUGACAAGCUAGCUGGAUGGCUUGGGCUGAAGAAAAAGGAGGUUAACGUUUUGUGCCUUGGCUUGGACAAUAGCGGCAAAACAACAAUCAUAAAUAAACUUAAACCUUCAAAUGCCCAAACUCAGGACAUAGUUCCAACCAUAGGAUUCAGUAUAGAAAAAUUCAAGACAUCAAGUUUAUCUUUCACAGUGUUUGAUAUGUCUGGUCAAGGGAGAUACAGAAACCUCUGGGAACAUUACUACAAAGAAGGCCAGGCCAUUAUUUUUGUCAUUGAUAGCAGUGACAAAUUAAGAAUGGUUGUGGCCAAAGAAGAACUUGACACACUUCUGAAUCAUCCAGAUGUUAAGCACCGUCGACUGCCUAUUCUCUUCUUUGCUAACAAGAUGGACCUCAGGGAUGCAAUAUCAUCUGUGAAAGUAUCUCAGUUACUGUCACUAGAAAACAUCAAAGACAAGCCAUGGCAUAUCUGUGCUAGUGAUGCUCUUAAAGGAGAAGGAUUACAAGAAGGUGUGGAUUGGCUCCAAGAUCAGAUCCAAGUACUGAAGACAUGAGAGAUAAAUAAAAGAAGGAUGGCAUUCUUUUACAAACUUUGUCAGUAGGUGUACCAGUUCUGUGGAAAGGAAGAAUGAUUUCAAGAAGACAAACAAUUCACCUAAAUUAUAUACUGUGUUGACUUAUUUUCUUUUAGUAUUUCUUCCAGGAAAACUGAAUAUAGACAACAUAGCACCUCAGGUAUGCAUAUUGAUGAAUUAAACUGAGUCUUGUGACUGGAGAGCAUAUUUUAAAAAAAAUAUUUGUAUUGACAAUAAGCACCUGCAUUCAUUUGCGGUUUAAGUGGUAAUUAGCCACUAGGAAAUACCUCUCUGGUUUGGGUUUUUUUUUUUGGGAACACCUUUUGACCAAAUGGGAAUAUUUUUUUUCCUCAGAAAGUAUAAUCAGCACUUCCUGAAAUACAGCUGCACAAGAUUCCUCCUGGUUUUAGAUGCCCAUUUUUAGGUAUUUCUGCAAUUUUUUAAUUGUUAUUAACCUUCUACAAUAGACUUCUAAAAAUGUUUUGAUUUAACAUACAAGGCUUAAAAUAUUCAGUGUACAUGUUAUAAAUGACUGCAGAUGUUUUUAAGGAACUGCUUUUAUUGGAAUGUUACUUUUUUUUUUUGUGAUAUGCCAUUAUCAUAUUUGCAUUUCUGUCAAUAAAACUUUCAAUAUAC